CGGGUUGGACGUACAGCUAAUCUGCAGUGCAGUCUGGGAACUGUCAAUCGUUUUAGCUUUGUAUCUCUGGUGAUGGCAGCUACUAUCCGUUCACUUAUAUUUAUUUACACACAUUGGGACUGUUCGAAAUGAAACAAGAAUAUGUAGUAAAAAAACAAAAUUAGCUCGUGCUUUCAACGUCUCUUUGUUGAAUUGUGUCGAAGGGGGUGACACCGGAGCCGGGCCCAUCUUUUAAACCACCUGCUAAAAAGCUAGCUUGGGAGACAUAUUACUGACGUUGUCAGCCGUUUUUACUCAUCCAGUCUUGUCGAUGACUAAAUGACAGUGGUUUGUACUGAAACGGUGUGAUGUACAUAUGCAUGGCCGGUGUUGUACAUUAGAGUAAUUACCAGCCAGGAGAAUGAAUGCAGAGGAGGUGGAGCUGCUCAGCGACUCCAAGUACAGGAACUAUGGGGCAGCAGUUGACAAAGCCCUCAAAAACUUUGAGUAUUCCAGUGAAUGGGCAGACCUCAUCUCUGCACUGGGCAAACUCAACAAAGUUUUACAGAACAAUGCAAAAUAUCAAGUCGUUCCCAAGAAGCUGACGAUAGGCAAGCGGCUGGCCCAGUGCCUCCACCCUGCCCUGCCCAGUGGGGUCCACCGUAAGGCCUUGGAGACGUACGAGAUAAUCUUCAAGAUCAUCGGACCCAAGAGGCUGGCCAAAGACCUCUUUCUCUAUAGCUCCGGGCUCUUCCCUUUACUCUCCAACGCUGCUAUGUCUGUGAAGCCCGUGCUGCUUGGCCUCUACGAGACCUACUAUCUGCCCCUGGGAAAGACUCUGAAACCGGGACUACAGGGGCUGCUGACUGGAGUUCUACCGGGUCUGGAGGAGGGCUCAGAGUAUUACGAUAGAACCAACACCCUGUUGGAGAAGGUGGCAGCCGCGGUGGAGCAGUCGGCCUUCUACAGUGCCUUGUGGGGAAGCAUCCUGACCAGCCCAGCCGUGCGUCUGCCUGGGGUGUCCUUUGUUCUUCUCCACCUCAACCGAAAGCUCUCCAUGGAGGACCAGCUCUACGUGAUGGGCAGUGACAUCGAACUCAUGGUGGAGGCCGUCAGUACGUCGGUCCAGGACUCCAGUGUCUUAGUGCAGAGGAGCACACUGGACCUAAUUCUCUUCUGCUUCCCCUUCCACAUGAGCCAGGCCACCCGCCCGGACAUGAUCCGGAUCCUGUCAGCAGCUCUGCAUGUGGUUUUAAGAAGAGACAUGUCCCUGAACCGGAGACUCUACGCCUGGCUGCUGGGCUUUGACAAUAAUGGGGUGAUGACAGGCCCGCGCAGCACGCGACAGAGCAACCCAGAGGAGCACGCAAGCCACUACUUUAAUACCUUCUCUAAGGACAUGCUGGUCCAGGCGAUGGUUGGGAUCCUUCAGGGCAAGGCCCGAGGCGGAGAGGAAGAGAGCGUCCUCAUGCACGACCUCAAGCCUUUUCGCAUCCUCAUCAGUCUGCUGGACAAACCAGAGCUAGGGCCGGCCAUCCUGGAGGAUGUUUUAAUCGAGGUCUUCCGGACUCUGCACACACAGUGCCGGGCGGAGUUGGACCUCCCAAACCAGAGCCCGUUCAGCAAAGACCACACACUCCUCAGCAGUAAACUCCGAGAGAACAAGAAGACGGCAGAACUCAUUAAAACCGCCAACCUUCUGUUCAACUCGUUUGAGCCGUACUAUAUGUGGGACUACAUCGCUCGCUGGUUUGAGGACUGCUGCAGAAGGACAUUGAACAGCUCCAUGGGUGCAGCGCGGCAUGCUGGGAGUUUAGAUCCCCCUGAGCUGUCUUUGGUGGAGUUCUGCCAGCUGGUCGAUUUUCUGCUGGAUAUUGUUUCCUUGCCUACUAGAAGCAUGAGGGUAAUCUGCCAGGAAACCUACAUAGAAAUCCAGACGGAGCAUCUCCCUCAGCUGCUCCUGCGGAUGGUGGCAGCUCUGACGUGUCACCUGCCGGCCCUGGGCCUGGAGGAGCUCACCCACUGCCUUCGCCUGUGCUCAAAGAUCCUCAGCAAAGUUCAGCCCCCGCUGGUCUCCCCUCUGGCACUGCCCGUGGGCCCCCAGGCUCAGGGCCUCUCCAACUCCGCCAGCAAUCAAUCAGCCUCAGCAAGGGACAAAAGCAGAAACACGGAGCCUCCAUCUUCUGCUCCGGAGAUACCGGCCAGUGGGGAGGUGUUCGACGACAGAGAAACCCCUGCCGGCUUCCGCCCCUCUGAGAGCGGCUUCACAGACUUUGUGCAGUACCAGGGAGAUGCUCUUGAGGAGAGGGAGCGAGCCCCCCAACCUCCCCCCGCCGUCAAAACGGGCACUCGCUCCUCAGGCCCGUGUCCGGCCAAACCUCUGGACAAACCGGUCAUGCAGUGCUGCCUGGACCACUUCCAGCAGUUCCUUUCCCGCCUCAUCGGCUUGCACAUAAUCCCCGGCCAGGGGGACAACGCUGGGGGUCUGAGAGGCCAGCUCAUGCCCUCAGGGCCCCCGCUUUCAAGCAGUUCCACACCUGCCGAUCCAUGCUCAGGAUCUGGACCGGUCCCCAGAGAGCAUGUUGCCGCCUUCACUGCUGCCUGUCAGCUCUUCUUAGAAUGCUCCAGCUUCCCCGUCUACAUCGCCGAGGGCAACGUUAAGUCCUCCCCCACCCAGGAGGAGCAGAUCGACAGCGAGCUGGUGCGGCUGCCAGAGUGGCUGCAGACGCUGAUGGACGCCUGUUGCCUGGCUAACGACUUCAGCCUGCAGGGCAUAGCCAUCUCCCUGCUGAUGGAUCUCGUGGGGCUCACCCAGUCCGUCGCCAUGGUGGCGGCUGAGAGCGUGGCCUCGGCCGGCGGCGCCGAACCCACUCAGCCGAUGAGUCCCAGCCAGGGUCGCGUGGCAGUCGUCAUCAGGCCCCCACUCACUCAGGGAAUCCUCAAAUACAUCGCGGACAAGACGGACUUCUUCAAGAGCGUAGCCUUGAUCUUGUGGAACCAGCUGAGCGAGGCGACCCCUCAGCACCAUCAGCGCAGCGUGGAGCUCUUCUACCAGCUUCACAACCUGGUCCCAUCCUCCAGCAUCUGUGAGGAUGUCAUCAGCCAGCAACUCAUGCACAGGGACAAGAGGAUUCAUUUGGAGGCCCAUGUUAAGUUCUCCGUUCUGUGGCAUUUAACACGAGAUCUGAACAUCACCAAGGCUUCUCCCUUCAGUCGCACAUUCGACAGGUCUCUCUUCAUCAUGCUGGACAGCCUGAGCUAUUGGGAUCCGUGCACCAGCGCGGUGGGUCGGGCAUGGCUGAACCAGGUCCUCCAGAGGCAUGACAUCGCCCGGGUCCUUGAGCCACUCCUCCUCCUCCUGCUCCAUCCCAAGACCCACAGGGUCUCCAUUCAGAGAGUACAAGCACAGCGGCACUGGGCCCAGGUGUUCCCGGACCCACCAGAACCCGAGUCCUCGGACCCUAUCUACAACAGAGACUCUGGCUUCUCUGACAACUUCGGUCAGAUCCAGAGUAAUAGGGCUGCUCAGGCGGGGUUCCCGGGCCUGGUGGUGAGGGACAUGGAGCCCUUCUGUCUCACUGUCAACCCUCUGAGCGACAGUUUGUCCAUCCUGAGCCUGAGCAGUGAGAACUUGCAUCUAGCCGGUGAAUAUCCGGCUGGUGACCAGCAGGGGGAGCCGCACAGCUCCGAGUCCAGCGGCUCUCACUCGUCUACGGUUGAAAACGGCAGCUUUGAGGAGCCAGACGGGGUCGGCGGCUUAGUAAACGGCUCCGGUCAAAAGCCGGGCCCCUCAGACGACAUUUCAGAGGACUCCGUCGAAGAAGUCGUGUCCUGCGUCGUAAAAGAACUGGUCGACAGGGUUCUGAAUCUAACAGAUGAGGAGUCUCUCGAAGCGUCCCCUCCGCCCGAAAACUGGCCCCAAACCGACACCGACAGCACUUCCUCCGAUACCUCCGCCGGCCCCCGACAGGACGGCUGCCCCCCCCGCGGCCCCGGCCACCAGACCCUGCCGGAGAUGUUGGCCGGAGGUACGUUGGAGCUGCUCUGCGUGACACCGGCCGACGCGCCGUCAGAGGAGCAGCACAAACACGCCAUCGCCCGCCACAGCUCCUCCCCCUCCAUCGUCACCCUGCCGGACAGCUCCGAGCCGGCCACGCCCGACCACGGCCUGCAGGUGGACGACCCGCAGGCCCGCAAGCGCAGCCACAGCAGCACCCAGCUCAGCCUGAAGGGCAAGAUCAUGGAGAGACUGGCGGACAAGUCUCCCGGGGCCAAGCCGAAGGUGAAAAAGUCCAAGAGGAAAGAGGAGGAGCGGCUGAGGAAAGCGGCAAAUCAAGCGGACAAGCUCCGCCCUCCCAGCAUUUUCUUCGGAGACAGCUUGGACCUGGAGAACUGGUACAGCUGCGGGGAGGGCGAGGUGUCGGAGAUCGAGAGUGACAGCGGCUCCCCGAGCGGGGGCUCCGGCGGGACCGUCGCCGGCCGCCGGUCCUCCUCCUCCCCCCCUCAGUUUAACAUCCACCCCCUCUACCAGCACGUGCUGCUCUACCUCCAGCUGUACGACUCCUCCCGGGCGCUGCACGCCCUGUCGGCCGUCGCCGCCAUGCUUCGGGCCGCCCCCUCAGGCUUCGUCAGCGCCAUCUCCACCACCAGCAUCAACAACACCUACACCCCACAGCUGUCCUUGCUCCAAAACCUGCUGGCCCGCCACCGCAUCUCGGUCAUGGGCAAAGACUUCUACUGCCCCAUCCCCCAGGACUCCCACUCCCACUCUUUCCGCAGCGCCAUGUACCUGGAGAUCAUCAUCUCGCUCUGCCUCUACUUCCUCCGGAGCUACUACUCCGCCCACGUGACGGCCGGGCCGCAGGACCUGGCGGGCAACCGGGCCAUGCAGCUGACCAGCGUGGAGGUCCUGACCCUCCUUUUCAGCGAGCUGGCCAAAGCGACCGGGGGCUCGGCGAAGGGCUUCGCCAGUUUCAUCAGCGACGUCCUCUCCAAGUGCAAAGUGCAGAAGGUGGUCCUGCACUGCUUGCUGUCUUCCAUCUUCAGCGCCCAGAAGUGGCACGAGCAGCGGGCGGCGGGGGCCAACGCCGCCUCGGUGGAGGAGGGCCUCUCGGAGGACAGCGUCAUCAACCUGUCGGAGGACCAGAUCGACAGCUGCAGCGCCGUCCAGUCGCAGCUGCUCCGGCUGCUGCAGAGCCUGGUGGUGCUGGAGCACCGGGUGCUGGCGCCCGCCGACGAGGCGGCGGAGGGGGGGCCGGCGGGCGGCGGGGCGGGGGCCGGAGGGGCCGGAGGGGCCGGGGGCGGCGGAGGAGGAGGGGCCGGGUUCGAGAUCCUGGGCGGGGAGGUGGAGCACGUCAACCCGCAGCAGCCAAUGACGUCGCUCCAGUACCUCCACGGACAGCCAAUCACGUCACAGGGCAUGUUCCUGUGCGCGGUGAUCAGGGCCCUGCACCAGCACCACGCCUGCAAGAUGCACCCCCAGUGGAUAGGACUCAUCACCGCCACCCUGCCCUACAUGGGGAGGGUGCUGAGGAGGGUGGUGGCCUCGGUGACUCUGCAGCUGUGCAGAAACCUGGAUAACCUUCUCCAGCAGUACCGCUACGAGACCGGGAUAACAGACACCAGACCCCAAUGGAUGGCCCUCUGCAUCCCUCCCGACCUGAUCCUGACUGUGCUGGAGGGAGUGACUUCCAUCAUCCAUUACUGCCUCCUGGAUCCUACGUCUCAGUACCACCAGCUACAAGUGAGCGUGGACCAGAAGCACCUGGCCGAGGCCCGCUCGGGCAUCCUGUCCAUCCUGCACACCAUCAUGUCCUCCGUCACCCUGCUGUGGAGUAUCCUCCAUCAGGCCGACAGCUCAGACAAGCCAGCUGCUGCUUCAGCUACUUUCACAUCCAACAUUAACCUGGGCUCGACAAAAAACCUCCGUCAGCAGAUCCUGGAGCUUCUGGGUCCAAUCUCCAUGAACCACGGCGCUCAUUUCAUGGCAGCCAUAGCGUAUGUCUGGAAUGAGCGGAAGCAGGUCAAAGCCCCUGUGCGAAAUAAGGUGAUUCCUGUAGCCAGCGAGGAGCAGCUGCUGCUGGUGGAGCUGGUUCGCUCGGUGAGCGCCAUGCGCAUCGAGACCGUCAUGCAGACGGUCAAAGAGGUCCUAAAGCAGCCGCCGGCCAUCGCAAAGGACAAGAAGCACCUCUCUCUGGAGGUGUGCAUGCUGCAGUUCUUCUACGCCUACGUACAGAGGAUUCCCGUUUCCAGUCUGGUGGACAGUUGGCCGUCGCUGCUGGCGCUGCUGAAGGACUCAGUGCAGUUGGGUUUACCAGCUCCCGGACAGUUUCUCAUACUCGGAGUUCUGAAUGAGUUCAUUUUGAAGAACCCCAAUUUGGAGAGUAAAAAAGACCAGCGAGAGCUGCAGGACGUCACUCACAAGGUGGUGGAGGCCAUUGGGACGAUCGCUGGUUCCUCUUUGGAGCAAACUACAUGGCUAAGGAGAAACCUCGAGGUGAAGGCGUCCCCUCAGAUCGUUGUGGACGGAACCAACCUGGAAGCUGACGUAGAAGACCUAAUGCUCACAGUGAUGGAGGCCUCCAGCUUCACUCCAUCAGUGUACAGCGUGCACGCCCUCACGCUGCUGGCCGAGGUGCUGGCUCACCUGUUGGACAUGGUGUUCUACAGCGACGAGAAGGAGAAGGUCAUCCCUCUGCUGGUUAACAUCAUGCACUACGUUGUGCCCUACCUCCGCAACCACAGCGCACACAACGCCCCCAGCUACCGGGCCUGCAUCCAACUGCUGAGCAGCCUAAGCGGGUACCAGUACACCCGCCGCGCCUGGAAAAAGGAGGCCUUCGACCUCUUCAUGGACCACACUUUCUUCCAGAUGGACGCCUCCUGCGUGAGCCACUGGAGAGCGAUCAUUGACCAUCUGAUGACUCAUGACAAGACCACAUUCAGAGACCUCAUGACUCGAGUGGCCGUGGCCCAAAGCAGCUCCUUGAGCCUGUUCACCAACAGAGACGCAGAGCUGGAGCAGAGGGCCAUGCUGCUCAAGCGCCUGGCCUUCACCAUUUACAGCAGCGAGGUGGACCAGUACCAGAAAUACCUCCCGGACAUACAAGAGCGUCUGGUGGAGAGCCUCCGCCUGCCUCAGGUGCCCAUCCUUCACGCCCAGGUCUUCCUGUUCUUCAGGGUGCUGUUGCUGCGCAUGUCGCCACAGCACCUCACCUCCCUGUGGCCCACCAUGAUCACAGAGCUGGUCCAGGUGUUUCUGCUGAUGGAGCAGGAGCUGACGGCAGACGAAGACAUCACGAGGACGUCAGGGCCAUCCGUUGCUGGGUUGGAGACCACCUAUUCCGGAGGAAACGGCUUCUCCACCUCCUACAACAGUCAGCGCUGGCUCAACCUCUACCUCUCUGCCUGCAAGUUCCUGGAUCUGGCCUUGGCUCUGCCUCCUGAGAGCCUCCCUCAGUUCCAGAUGUACCGAUGGGCCUUCAUCCCUGAGGCCUCAGACGAUCCAGGGCUGGAGGUGAGGCGUCAGGGGACGCACCAGAGAGAGUUCAAGCCCUACGUUGUGCGUCUGGUCAAGCUGCUCAGGAAAAGGGCCAAGAAAAAUCCCGAAGAGGACUGCUCCACCAAAACCCUCUCCUGGGAGCCAGGCCACCUCAUGCUGACCCUCUACGUGAUCCGCAGCAUGGAGCAGCUGCUGCCCUUCUUCAACCUGCUCAGUCAGGUGUUCAACAGCAAGGCCAGCUGCCGCUCGGCCCCGGCCUACACCCACAGCUCGGCCAACUCCCCCUUCCCCGGCCACAAGGAGGGCCACAAGCUGGAGACCCAGAAGGUGUUCUGGAGUCGGGCCCGACAGAACAUCGAGGAGAUGGUGGAGAAAGACUUUCUAGAGGGCCUCAUCAAGACGUGAGGACAGAGCGAGGGCGCGGGUAGGGCUACAAAACUGACCACUAGUGAACAAACUCCUUUACUGUACAAAGAACAAUGAUGGGGGGUGAACAAAACAAGGGAUUCUGGCUGUAAAUGUUUUUUUUGUAUUUAUGAUGAUUUCACUUUUGAAAAGUGUAUUUAAUUUUAAUUAUUUGUACAUAUGGAGCGGCUUUGACAACUUUUAACCCUAUGUGAAUCCUUAAAGGCAAAGUGAAGAUGCUAUGCCAUUCCAUAUCAGAGUGACUUAAUAAAAGGAGAGAUUUAUAAUAAGAUAGUGGCUUGGGCUUCAUUCGUUCUUGUUGAUGUUUCCAGUCCACAUACAUGACUGGACCGACCCCUCUGUUAAGCCCCUUUAACAGCUUUAAACAUCUGGGAACCGAGCAGUUGCUGGACCUCUCGCACAUGAAUGCAGACCCAUUCCUUUUGUUAUUUAGGAUUCAAAUUGUCUUCCGACUUCAGGCAGGUCAGUUCAUCACCCACUCUCAAAUCAACAAUGAAGCCAUUGUGAUCCAACACAUGCAGUAAGUUGAGCAUUGUUUCGCCGAACACUUCAAAGUGUCCAUUUGGGAUCAAAUGUUGCUGGCCUUCGUUGUUUGGGGAUUUCUUUGCUGACCAUAUACAGAGUUUUCUAUAUCAGGGUCUCCAGAUCUGAUGAUUUGUAUUGUAAAUGAUAGAAUAUUAAGUCUUGCAUGGAGACGUUUUUCUCUUUAAUCACACAUUUGUACAGCUCAUCCUCCCAGAGACUCUGCCUCUUGAAGGUGCGCUCUUUCAAAGCUCUGUCUUCUUAGCUGGUAGAUCAGUGACUUGUAUCCUUUACACAGGGAGGCCCCAAAUGUAAAUCUAAAUGGAAUCAACGUUCCUGUUGCUUUGUAGACUUGACAAAACUAUCAUUUAUAUUUUCAUCCCUUUAUUAAACCUUGAAAUUGUACAAAAUAUGUUUAUUUAAUCUUUUAUUUGU